GCGAGAGUAGAAAUAAACAAAAGAGUGGCUCCGAAAUAUCAAUGUUUUUGCUGCCGAUUUCGCGGCUAAGUCGGAUACGAACACUGUAUUGUAUAAAUAAGACAUUCAUUUAUCGGAUUAUUUAAUUCCAUGGCAAUGCAUAACGAUUUAUCGUUGCGAGUAAGUGUUUUCUCUGAGCAAGGAGGACGAAAAUAUAUGGAGGAUGUUACCGAGGUUGUGUUGGAGUACGAGCCGAGCGAGGACGAGCUCGGCUCGGUAGGACACGGGGACUCAAAGGCGGACGACCAUCCUGAAGAUCAGCUUGUUGACCAGCAGUCACCUGGACCAGCAGACUCUGUUACUGAAAACACAACUCCACUUGUUAGUGUAACGUGGACAGAAAAUGUAACAACUGAUGAACAAGGAGAUAAAACCAGUACAGACACUAACGACAACUGCACAGACGAAACGGCAGGAAGGUUAUCAGAACCAAAAGCAGAUUCGGCACCAGAAACGCGAAGAUCUGUGGCGUUUUUUGCCGUAUUCGACGGCCACGGAGGUCGGGAGGCAGCACAUUUCGCAAGGGAUCACCUAUGGGACUUUAUAAAGAAGCAGCGGGGGUUUUGGUCCAAAGACUACCGGGAUGUGUGUGUGGCUAUUCGAAAAGGGUUCAUUGCCUGUCACCAUGCAAUGUGGAAAAAGCUCCCUGAAUGGCCCAAGACCAUCACUGGCCUACCAAGCACGUCAGGGACCACAGCCAGCGUUGUUGUUAUCCGUGGCGACCGCAUGUAUGUGGCGCAUGUGGGGGACUCGUCUGUCGUGCUUGGGGUCAGGGAGGAUCCCUCAGACAAGGUCAUCAAAGCGGUGGAGGUAACACAAGACCACAAGCCGGAGCUGCCCAAAGAACGGCAGCGAAUCGAAGGCCUUGGUGGCAGUGUGGUGAAGAAGUCUGGUGUGAACCGCGUGGUGUGGAAAAGGCCACGGCUGACUCACAACGGCCCUGUGAGACGGAGCACAGUCAUCGACCAGAUCCCCUUCCUCGCCGUGGCCAGAGCCCUGGGUGAUCUGUGGAGCUACGACUUCUACAGCGGCGAGUUUGUGGUGAGCCCCGAGCCGGACACCAGUGUGGUGACGCUGGACCUGCGGCGGCACCGCUACAUCAUCGUGGGCAGCGACGGCCUGUGGAACAUGGUGCCCCCACAGGAGGCCGUCACCGUGCUGCAAAGCCACGACGAAGCUGCCGCACCCUUUGGCAUGUCGUGUGCCCGGCGGUUAGGCUGCCACGCUCUGCUGCGGUGGCGCCAACGCAUGCUCCGUGCCGACAACACCAGCGUCAUCGUCAUCGCCCUGCCCGAGCCGGGCAAACCCCAGCUGCCCAUGCACCGUGACGAGGUCAUCCUGAGCCUGGCCGAGGGCCCGCAGCACGACCCGCCGGUCGACUCACGCGCAGACACGCCUCUCAUCAAGCAGGCCCCUGAGCCAGUCCUGGUGUUUCCCAGUGGAGACUCUCCUCCCCCUCUGGAGCGAUCCAAUGGCCUGUCGGGAGGCAGCCUGUAUGACGUUUUGGACUCGCCGUCCACACUGGACCCUGAGGACUCCAGGCUCUCGGGCGCACCGCUGAGCGGCUGCAGGGAUGAAGGGGACCGGACCUCAGAGGAGCCCCCAGCCGCUGCUGGUGCUGGUGCUGGUGCUGAUGCUGUGGCCUCCUCCCGCGCUACUGCCCUGUCAACCCCCAUAACGAAGCGCGCUCGCCGGGGCUUACACCGCUCCCUGCACCACCCCUACCGAAGGAAAAAUGCAGAACGAACCCCUCUGAAACGCGGCGGGGGGCGCGCCCAGAAGCGAGGACCCAACGUCUCGCCCAUCCUGCAGCAGCAUCGCAAGGCGGCACUGUGCGUGUGUUGAGCGCUGGCUGCGGGUGGCACUCUUCCUCUUCCUCUUCCUCAUUCUCUUCCUCCCAUCCUCCAACUUGUCUCUCUGCCCGGCUCACACGCAUCUAGACAUGUAUAUAAUGAAAUACAAGAGAUUUUACAUCUCUGUGUCCAUUCAUUGAGUGAAAAAAAAGGUCAUGAUCACAGGUAAGGUAAAAGGUAAAUGCGUUUAAUUAGAUGUUGCAUUAUUGUUACCUUUUUUAAAAGUGAGUACAUUUAGAAUACCUUUUCUUGAUGUCUGUGCACUCUUGCUCACAACGAGCUGUCUCUUGCUGAGGAUCGUUUUUUUUUUUAAGAGCGUUGAAGAUGACGACGGCAAAGUAUUAUGAUUCAACUUUGAAAAAGCACAGACUCCCCAGCUAAAUUAAGAAAUGUUUUCUUGAGUGCCUGGGUUUUUCCUCAUGCCUGUAUGUUUUUAAUGUAUAUGAUGAAUUGUGGUUUUAUGGUUUUAUAUAUUUUCUUUGUAAAAGCUGUAUUGAUUAUUUCUUGGCUAAUUUUUUAGUUUUUAAUGAAAUGCAUUCAGAUAUGGACACGAUUUUAAAAACAGUAGGAAGUAAAACACAAAUGAUCACAUUUCUGCCCCGCUAUAUUUCAUAAAGGUUUACUUUCCCUCCACCAGAAGUUCAUGGGUGGUGACUUGAACCACAUUUUAGCAGCAGUGGCCUUUAUAGAAAAAAAUGUAGUCAAACUGUAUUAUUAUGAUUGAUUCAAAUAACCCUUUCAGUAAGAGCAUUCUAAAAUUACACAACCAUUUAAUGGCGUAACCUGUACUCAUCCACUAAAACGACAAGUCCUAAUUUUGAUCACUGACAGAAAUGGAUCCAUCCUUGCAAAACCGUCUCAAUGUUCACAUCUGACUUUUUAGUGCUCCUGGCGUUCUGUUUGUGUGUUAAGAAUUGAGAAUGUAUGAUUUCAUAUCAGUGCAUAAGCUUUCUUUGUUUUUUUUUUGUUUUUUGUGCGAUAUUUUUUUGUUGUAAUUUUUGUCUGUUCAUUAACGUUGCUCCUGGUAAUGGUAAAACACUAUUCACUGCAAACAUUUGCUCAAGCCAGUUGUAAAUCUCAAAGUUCUAAAGGAUUUAUGAAUAUUUUGCAUAGAAUUACUCGAUUAUAAACUGAGUUGUAUGAUAUAUUUUUAUAUGUGAUGUAUUAAAAAAUAUGUAGAAAGGUUCACCAUUUACUUGAUAAACUUCAUGGCAGAAAUGCUCUCUUGUUAUAAACAGCUUGUGACUCAUGGCAUGGUUAAAAAAAAGAAGAAAUAUUUCAUUAUACUUGUCUGCACUUUGGGUUUCGAGGUUUCAACGGCAUGUCUAGCGUCACACAGAGAAACGUCAGUAAAUUAAUUGACUGUCUUUUUACUGAUCAUGUUUUUUUCCGUCAAUGCCAGGAGAAAAAAAGACUUGUCAUCUUUGGCUGUGAGGCUGAAGAAAGGUUCUGUGGAACCCCCUCUCUGCUCUUCCAAAUAGAUCCUUCCUGUCAGUUGUUGUUUAGCAGGUUGAUAGUAUUGUAGUUGGACUACUGCUGUAUGUGUGGUCAAAGAAUGGUCUGUGCAGCUAAUUCAUGAAUCAGGAUGAUCCGAUGUGUAAUCUCCAUUUCAGCUAUUGCAUUCAUCUUCUGUAGGCUGGUCCUUUUUUAAUGCAUCUUGGAUGCUUUUUUCUUUUUAACAUUUGAAUCAUAUCAGCAUCAGUGUAGUCCCAAGUGGAGUUGUUUCACCAAAUACUUACGGAAAUAAAUGUGUUGUGUCAUCAAAACUAAACAAGAGCGAUGUGGGUUUUUGCUUGACUACAUUAUUGGGUACUUUUUUUAACAUCAGGAUGUCUGUCUGUCUGUCUGUCUGUCUGCCCGGGUGUGUCAAUGUGUGGCUGUCCUCAUGACGCUACACAUGCAUCUACAUUGUCUGUCGCUGAUCAACUUGCACUGUUUUCCAUGGGCAAUAUGAAACACGUCAACUGUGUUGUAAAUACAGCCUCCUUGUUUUCUAAAUAUGUUAUUAUGGACUGUUGGACAUCAUGUUUGGACUUAUGACUAGAUGAUUAUGGAUGAAUAAGUGUUUGGUUUUUGAAUUGUUUUCAUUUUUAACUUCUGUUUUACAUUUGAGUAGGAAUAUGUUGAAAGGGAUUUUUUUUAUUUAAAUACAGCAGUGGUAAUUUCCUGGUUAAAAGAAAUAUAACAGAAAACAACCUUCAUUGUAAAGUCAUUGUCCAUCUCCUAACUGUCUCAAGUACAGUAGAUACAAUGAGCAGAUUUUAUUUCAUUUGGAUUCUGCAUGUCAGACAUUAUUUGUUUGGGGGUAUUUUUUAAUUUUCUCUUUUAGUUUUUGUUAUAUGGACAUGUAUUUUGAUGUCAGUGGUGGCCUGAACAACAGGCCCAGUUGUGAUAUGAUGUCAGUCUGGCUACAUGUUAACUGUGUGGUCAUCAUAUACAUGUGUGCACAGUCUUGAUGUUGAACAGAUUCACUCUGAAUGUGACUGAGCAUCAGUGUAAAGAAUAAACAUGUUUUCAAUAAGA